AUGGCGUACUUCCGAGAUUUUGAGAAAAGGUACCCUUUCCAAGCCUUGAUCGUGGACGACUCUUCGUCUGCGGAUCCGCUGGGCAAGUCCCGAGGCGGCGGCGGCCGCCCGGAAGACGUGGACUGCAUCGCCGCCACUCAAAGCCGCCUCCGGGAAAGCGGCUUCUACUACGAGGGCGUCUCAUGGCAGGAAGCCAUCGACCUGCUGGCCAACAAGCCCGAGGGCACUUUCCUCGUUCGCGACUCUCAAGACCCCCGUUUCCUCUUCAGUCUCAGUGUGCAAACGAAACGAGGCCCGACUUCCGUUCGCAUCCACUACGACGACGGCUUGUUUAGUUUCGACGCUGUGCGAAAAAUGGCUCGAGCCGUGCCGCGGAAAAAGUGCGUCGUUGACUUGGUGGACUUUUACGUGUCUGUGUGCGAUUCGGACCGACUCAAGUGUCACGUGUGGUUGGACAAGAACGGCGACACGUUUGAUCACGUGCGACUCCGGGCGCCGCUCAAGCACCGCGUGGCGCCGUUGAAACACGCGGCGCGGUUGGCGUUGAAUCGGGCGGCUGUGACCAAGGCGGACCUGGCCAAGGUGUUGCCGGCGUCGUUGAAGCUCUACCUGGAGGAAUAUCCCAACACGAGCUGA